AGUCACUGCCGUCUACGGUAUGUAGAUACAGAUCACUCUUUUUCCCCAUGGUAGUUGGGCGGUGGUUCGUUUAGAAAUUGCUGCGCCCUAGAAGAAUUGCUGGACACGGAGUUGAAAAGGCCGACGUCGAUGCAUGAAGUUCGGCAUCUACCGGCCAUAUAGCGAACAAGAACUUCGACAUCCACCACCAGCGAUGCCGCCCCUCCAUCUUCCGCCCCGCUUCUUGCUCCCAUCAGGAACUACCCGCCGGGGAUUGCUACACUUCUGCCGAAACUACAGCGCAUCUAGUUCCCCGCGCCCCUCUCCCACCGACAAAAUCUUUAUCGCGCUAUCCUCGGGCAUCGAUAGCACCGUCACGACAUCACUGCUACUCCGCCACCACCCACGCGAGAACCUGCACCCGAUCUACCUAGCGAACUGGGAGCCCUCUCAGCACCCGACUUCAUCUGCGCCCAAGCUCGGCCCCUACGGAAAACCUCUCUCCGCCGAUGCCGCUUCGCCCCAGCCGGAGAAGCAGAAAUGCGUCGACCGGGAGUUCUCACGCGUGCAGCAGAUCUGUGAGCACUUCGGACUGCCGAACAAACCGCUGAGGCUCAGCUUUGAGAAGGAGUACUGGAACGAUGUUUUCGAGCCGAUGCUAAACGCGUACGCUAGCGGCGUCACGCCGAAUCCGGACAUAGGCUGUAAUCGCGAGGUGAAGUUUGGCGCGCUCGCGAAAACUCUAAGUGAUAUGGCCGGCGGUCGGAAUUGGUGGCUGGCGACGGGACAUUAUGCCCGUGCCGAUGCGGCGGGCAGGCUCUAUAGGAGCGCGGAUAAAAGGAAGGAUCAGACUUAUUUCCUGUCCACGGUGACCGCUGAGGUGCUGAAGCACUGUCUUUUCCCGCUGGGUGCAGAGGGGUUGUUGAAGACGGAGGUUAAGGAGCAGGCGAAGAAGCUCGCAGUUCCGGGAUGGCGCGAAGGGGAGGAGACCGGGGAGUCCUUUGGGCUAUGUUUCGUUGAGCCUGCGGGCGGCAGGAAUUCCGGGUUUCGAAGGUUCCUGGGAGAAUAUCUUCAGCCGGACCCGGGGUACUUCGUGGUGGGCGAAUCGCGGGAGUCCUGGCCGAGUGGAGAGAAGAUUAACAUGCCGAGUGCCGGGUCCGUGGUGGGAACACAUGAGGGGCUGUGGCAUGCUACGAUCGGUGAGAAGGCACGCCUGGAGCUGCCGCAAGGUUUGCCAAUGUUUCAAGGCCGAUGGUUCGUCAGCCGGAAGGAUCGGAGGCGAAACACCAUCGAGAUUGUCAAGGGCGGCGAUAAUCGCGCGCUGUUUUCGAAGUCAAUGGUGAUCGAUGAUUGGUAUUGGCACGGUAAUGACGCGGAGGCAGCUGCCACGCGGCAUCAACCACGGCCGGCGGAGACGGCGGAAGGAGAAACUUGGGAGAAGGGACUUGUGACACAAUUCCGGCAUAUGCAGAGGCCGAUUCGAGUCCGGGAGGUUAGGGUAUUGGGCGAGGGCAGGAAGAUGGGAACGAAGAGGAUCAUGAUCUCGUUCGACACGCCGCAGAAGUCGGUGGCGGAGGGACAGAAUGCAGCCUUGUGGGACGGUGAGAGGUGCUUGGGUGGUGGGGUCAUCGAGGAAAUGGAGGCAGUGUGAUCUUAUAAAACUAUGUCCGACUGUGUUUAUCUCCGCUCUGCGCCAUAUCUGACCUCAGCACGGCCAUUCGAUCUCAUCGCAAUGUGUUCGUUGAGCGUAUGAUUCUCUUGUGCAUUAUCACCCGCUCAACAGUAAGGCGCUCUCGAAACAUCCAUAAUGUACGUAACGAAUAUGACGAUUAAACAAAAGAG